AUGCCAGCUAAAAAACCCAUGCAACAAAACCCUUCUAGAGAGCCAGAGUCCGAGCUGAAUUGGAAGAAUAAUUCCUUGAAAAAGAAAUACAGCCCUUUCCCCAGCUGCCGCCAAGCUCCAUCCUGUGCUUGCUGCAUCGUGGCCUCUGUGUCUGAGCUCACCUGCAUCUACUCAGCCCUCAUCCUGCACGAUGACGAGGUGACCAUCACGGCCCUGGCCAAUGUCAACAUCGGGAGCCUCAUCUGCUCUGUGGGGGCUGCCCCAGCCAGGGGUCCUGCCCCGUCCACUGCUGCUGCCUCAGCAGAGGAGAAGAAAGUCGAAGCAAAGAAGGAAGAAUCUGAGGAGUCUGAUGAUGACAUGGGCUUUGGUCUGUCUGACUAAGCCUUUUAUAAUGUGUUCAAUAAACAGUUGAAC